AUUUCAGCAAACAACUCGAUAUAGCUGUUCUUCUUCAACAUGAGUAUUCCCGAGGAGGGACCUUUUAAGGCUUUCAUCGGUAACCUUCCUUUCGAUGGCGUACAAGGUGACAUUGAACAAAUCCUAAAAUAUGUUGGUUUCACCGAUGACCAGAUUCAUUCCUUCCAAGUUCGCAUGGUACAUGACCGCGAAACAGACAAAUUUAAAGGCUUUGCCUAUGUGGAAUUCAAUACUGCAGAUGAAUUGCGCAAAGUCUUGGAAAUCAAUGGUGUGGACUACGGAGGUAGACCUUUGAAGAUUGAUGUGGCCAGUCAACGGCCAGGUGAUCGCGGAGGAAGGGGACGUGAUCGUGGAGGUCGCGGUGGCAGUGGAUGGAGCUCGGCUGAUCACAAUCGCCCACGCGGUGGUUUCCGCGGCAAUUAUGGCGGUCGUCAACGUCGCCGAAAUUCCGAGCGCAGUCACGACGAGGAAGAAUUCGUUGAACAUCCCGACCGUCCGCAUCUUGUCGAGAGGCUGAGGAAGAAGCAGCUCGUCGCGCUAAACUCUUCAUUGCUUGAGAGAUUUGUCGAAGCGACUUUCAAUCAACUUGUUUUGCAUAGAUACUUAUAUAUUAUGAAAUGA